UCUCCUCAAUCGCCAUAUUGGCUACGGGGAAGGAUCUCUGUGCGGUGUCUCUCUUGUUUUUUUGGCGGACCCAGAGUGACGAGAAGCGGCUGCAGGUUACGUUCAGACAACCCUUCUGGAUCUACCGCGGUUGUUGACAUUCGCAUGGCAUAAAAGUGCUUUUUCACCCCUACGUCGAUAUUUUUUUUACUUUUCGGAUUUUACCCAGCAAGGAGGAUAGGCUUUUGUUUUGUUUUUCAUCCCCAAAACUGGACGCUCCAGGCUGUUUUGUGCCGUUUUCCCGUGUGUUUUUGGUGGUGGAGGGGUGUAAAAAAUGUCAGAUGUUCGACUAUCUAGCGGGAGCCCGACGUUGGAGCGGGGCGAGCCGCGCGUACCGGAGCACCCGAAACCGUCAGCCUGCCGGAUCCUCUUCGGCUCGGUGGACCACGACGAGCUCAGGCGGGAUUUAAAGGGACACCUGCGGGAUCUGGAGCAGGCCGCCGCCGCGAAGUGGAACUUCGACUUCGCCGCGUACGAUCCGCUUGACAACGGAGGGAUCCGCUGGGAGCUGGUGGACUGUCGCGACGUGCCGGAUUUUUACAGUCGGCCGCCGCGGGUGACUAACCGCGUAGAUCUGAACGGGAAUCAUAGCUGUGUUGCGGGGGACACCACGGCCAUAGUCGGUGGGCCGACGGAGUGCUCGGAGCAGUGCACCGCCGUGAGGAAGAGACCCGCCUGUCACGAGCCCUCAACCCCGAGCAAGAGGUCGCACAGCAGCCCGGGUGAGGUCGCUUUCCCGAGCCGGAGUCGCUCGGCCGAACACACGCCCAGAAAGAGCAGCGGCAGUCCAGGGAGGCAAACGUGAGACGAGCUGAAGAUGCAUUUCCUGCAUUGGGAAACCCUCCAGUGUUGGUCAACUUUUGUUUUUGUUUGGAUUGAUUUUUGUUUUUCAACACUUUUUUGUUUCAAUUUGAUCUCGUUUUGGAAGAAGAGGAAGUACACAUCAUCUUAUGAGAAACAUAUCAGCUCUCCUUUGCGGACGCUGUUGAAGCACUGAAUAAGAAAACACUAACAAAAACCAAUUUUGGCACUCAAAAUCUUGUUUUGUCAAGUUACUGCCUCUGAAAGCAGUGGAUGUAGCAGUGUGCAAUUAGGUUCUUUUCAUUUGCUCCUUUUUGUACUACCUGUGUGUGUUUGUAUAUAGAAAUUUAUAUUUCUCUCCAUAUGUAGCACAUAAGAAAACAUUGUGAUUUGCAAAACAAAUCCUUUAUACUUAUAUAUUAUAUUGUAAGAAAAAAAAAUAAGGUGUGAAUUUUGAUUUGACUUGAAGAAUUGCAGUGUAGUUUGGUUCCAAAAUGCUGUUCUGUUUUUAAUAUUAUUCUCUUCUUUACUGAAAAGGCAGUGUUGAUACUAUUUUAAAACAGGGGUGUCCAAAGUGUUGUUUUUUUUGUAGUCUGCAUAGUCUGGGAACUUUGCAAAUUCAGUGGGGUAAAAACUAUGAAAAACAUAUAUUGUUUGCAUUUAUCUAUCAAAUUCUAGUAAUACAACGAGCAAAAAAUAUAUUACAAAUGGGAGGGGUGAUGGGAAGAAUAUCUUUUUUAUUUGCAAAAAAUAUUAUUGUAAAAAUAAAUUAUUAAAAAAGGGGGGAACAGAGUAAAAAAGCCAAUAGAUUUUAUGCAUUUUUUGUGCAUAAUCUAAAAAUUCAAUAGCAAAAUAAAAACAAAAUUAUAAACAAAUAUAUAAUUAAUGUGGGGGGGGGGGCCUAAAAAGGCCAAUGAAAAAAUAUGUAUCUCCAUUUUUCCUGUUUGGGUUAUGUGGUAAAACAAUAGUGUUCAAAAUUGUAGUAACUCGCAACUCAGUUUUUAUUGUUUGAGGACAUAUUCUAAAAAUAAAAUGACAAAAAUUAUUACAAAUGGGGUUGGGUGUGUAGCGUCUUUUGGUGGAAAUAGUUUGGACACCCCUGAUUUAAAACAAUAUACUGUACAUAUGUUAAAAUAUACAUCUAAUUUAGCUUCAGUUUCUCAACAGUGUAUCCACCUUUCCAAACUCACACAGUGAAGAACGGUACAAAAAUGUAGCGACUAUUUUAUGCAGGACCCCCCACCACCCCCCCCCCCCCCCAUUAUUUUAUUUGAUUUAAAAUCACCCUGUGGUUCAACACACUUGCAUUUAUUUUCCCCCUUAUGUCCCUUGCACACCUCAGCCUUUAUUUAGUGUACUUUGGUUUGAUUUUUUUUUUUAAGUUGAAGGGCAAAAAAUUAAUGGCGCUUAAUUUUUAAAAAAAAAAAACAGUCCUGCCUAAAGGCUCCUUUCACACAGUAGUAACCGGAUGUUCCUUCUUAUAAGACCAAACUGAUGGCCGCCAAGUGCUUUUUCUUUAUUUUUUCGACUUCACAUGGUUUGACUUUGUGAUAACCUACAUUAUAUAUUUUAAAAUCAUGUUUAGCCUGCUGAGGAUGCCCAUGGCAGCAUCUAAAAGCUUCCUUUUAAAAAAAAAAAUACAAAAAAAAAAAAAAGAGAAGUAACACCAGCUCCU